ACCCUUAUGCCUUUGCUUUCGUCUCCAGCUGGAAUAACCAGGGCCAUUUAUCUAUGAGCAGGGGCCAUGCUAGUUUCCGGGCCCCGGCGACAACCUAUAUAGAACACUCUUGCUAUCGAUCGUGGCAACGUUUUCGGCGAAAGACUAUUGCACAUUGCACAGUCUCCUUUGCGCGCUUGGGGUUUCAGGUUUGAAAAUUGGAUUUUUUUGGAAAGUUUGGCAGACCGAAAUUUUUUGGAUUGAUUGGUUUCUGAAAUUGGAAAGUUUUAGAGGUGUUCCGAGUAGCAAGUGCUGUCGGCGUUGCAAGCAUUUUAAGCCGAGCCGGUCUGCCAGUGCCGCCAUGUCGCUGCGCUCCUGGGUGGACGACCAGCUGCACGAGGUGCUCGGCCUCUCGGACAAGUACGUCAGCCAGUUCCUAAUCGAGCUGGCGCAGCGCAGCGCCUCCGGCGACCAGCUGAUCGACAAAAUCCGCGACACGGGCACCAUCGACGUUGACGCGCGCGUGGAGGCGUUCGCGCGCCAGCUGCACGGCCGCGUGCCGCGCGCCGCCGCCGGCACUGCCAAGCCGCAGCGCGCGCGCGAGGCGGCGCUGGCCGACGUGUACCGCCGCAAUCAGCAGUACCGGCUGCUCUCCGACGACGACGAUGAGCCGGCACCGGCGGCCGCCCAGAAGGCAGACAAGAAGAGGAAGCACAUCAGGAAACGUAAGCAGUCGUCGAGCUCCGAGUCAGCCGAUGAGCGGCCUCGCGGCGGCGUCAGUGUUGCGACGCCAGGCGGCGCCACCAGCUCCGAGGACGAGCUAGAGGCCGAGGAACGGGCCCGGCUGAACGACCUCAAGGAGCGGGACGCCCUCACCGAGCGGAUCAAAAAGCGCGACCAGGAGAAAACGAGGAAGGUCGCGGAAAAGUCCGACCGGCGCGGGUUCGAGGAGGCCGCCAAACGUCUGAAGCUGGAGUCGGAGGACCGCGCGGCGGCCGUGCCCCGUUUGCGGCUCGAGGCGCGUCGCAAGUACCUCUCCAAGCGUAAGGAGGACAAGCUGGCCGAGCUCGAGGCGGACAUCGCCGACGACGAGUAUCUCUUCGAGGAGUCGACACUGACCGAGCGCGAGAAACGUGAGAGAGAUUACAAGAAGCGCGUGCUGUCGCUGGCCAAAGAACAUGAGAAGGCGCGCGACCUGGAGCGCGUGCAGCGGUACCACAUGCCCGAGGACAUGAAGGAGGAGCCCACCAAGAAGUACACGGAGACGGACGCACGUGAGAAAGCGCCCAACUCGGAGCAGCGCAAGUGGGAAGAGGAGAAGCUGGAGGCCGCGCAGUACCGGGUCGGCGCGCGAGACGCGCGCGCCCGCGAGCCCGAAAAUAAGUACGAUCUGGUGCUGGACGACACUGUCGAGUUUGUGCAGGCCAUGAAGAUGCCGGGCACGUUGGAGAGCAGUUCCGGCAGCGAGGACGACGGAGAUGGCAAGAAAAAGAAGAAGAAAAAGAAAAAGAAGAGUAAAGAAAAGAAGGCCGACGGUCCGGUGAGCGCGCGUCUGGAGGGUGACGCCGAGCGGGUGCUCUCGGCGCGUGAGAAAAAGGCCAAGGAGAUCGAGGAAUGUCAGCGCAGCCUGCCAGUGUUCCCGUUCAAAGAGGACCUGAUCCAGGCGAUCCGCGACCACCAGGUGCUCAUCAUUGAGGGCGAGACGGGCAGCGGCAAGACCACACAGAUCCCGCAGUUCCUCUACCACAGCGGCUUCUGCGACAACGACAUGAAGAUCGGCUGCACCCAGCCGCGCCGGGUGGCAGCCAUGUCCGUGGCUGCCCGUGUCGCCGAGGAACUCGCCGUCAAACUCGGCAACGAGGUCGGCUACAGCAUUCGCUUCGAGGACUGCACGUCGGAGCGGACCCGGAUCAAGUACAUGACGGACGGCAUGCUGCUGCGAGAGUUCCUCUCCGAGCCUGACCUGGGAUCCUACAGCGUGAUGAUCAUCGACGAGGCCCACGAGCGCACCCUGCACACAGACGUGCUCUUUGGACUCGUCAAGGACAUCGCCCGUUUCCGCAAGGACCUGAAGCUGCUCAUAUCGUCGGCCACGCUGGAUGCCGAGAAAUUCGCCGACUUUUUCGACGGCGCUCCGAUUUUCCGGAUUCCGGGCCGUCGCUACCCCGUAGACAUUUACUACACGAAGGCGCCCGAGGCCGACUACAUUGACGCGUGCGUGGUGACGGUGCUACAGAUCCAUGUGACGCAGCCCUUGGGCGACAUCCUGGUGUUCCUCACUGGCCAGGAGGAGAUCGAGACGUGCCAGGAGUUGCUGCUGGAGCGCACCCGCCGGCUGGGCUCCAAGAUCAAGGAGCUCAUCAUCCUGCCCAUUUACGCCAACCUGCCCUCCGAGAUGCAGGCCAAGAUCUUCGAGCCGACGCCGCCUGGCGCGCGCAAGGUGAUCCUAGCCACCAACAUCGCCGAGACGUCGCUGACCAUCGACGGCAUCAUCUACGUCAUCGACCCGGGUUUCGCCAAGCAGAACAGCUACAACGCCCGCACCGGCAUGGAGUCGCUGAUCGUGACACCCGUCUCGAAGGCGUCGGCCAACCAGCGGGCCGGCCGCGCCGGACGCGUCGCCGCUGGGAAGUGUUUCCGUCUGUACACGGCCUGGUCGUACGCGCACGAGCUGGAGGACAACGCCGUGCCCGAGAUCCAGCGCGUCAACCUGGGCAGCGUCGUGCUGCUGCUCAAGUCGCUGGGCAUCGACGACCUAUUGAGUUUCGACUUCCUGGAUCCGCCGCCGCAGGAGACGCUGAUGCUGGCGCUGGAGCAGCUGUACGCUCUGGGCGCGCUCAACCACCGGGGCGAGCUGACCACGCUCGGCCGACGCAUGUCCGAGCUGCCCGUCGACCCGCAGCUCUCCAAGAUGAUCAUCGCCUCGGAGAAGUACCACUGCUCCGAGGAGGUGGUCACCAUUGCCGCCAUGCUCUCCGUCAACAACUCGGUCUUCUACCGGCCCAAGGACAAGGCCGUGCAUGCCGACACGGCCAGGAAGAACUUUUUCGUGCCGGGCGGCGACCACCUGGUGCUGCUGAACGUGUACGAACAAUGGGCCGAGACCGACUUCAGCACGCAGUGGUGCUAUGAGAACUUCAUCCAGUACCGGUCGAUGAAGCGCGCGCGUGACGUGCGGGACCAGCUGGCCAGCAUGCUGGAGAGGAUCGAGGUGCCGCUCGUCUCGGCCAACAAGGACGACAAUACGGCCAUCCGCAAGGCGAUCACGGCCGGCUUCUUCUACCACACGGCUCGGCUGACCAAGGCCGGCGGCUACCAGACGGUGAAGCAGUCGCAGACGGUGCACAUCCACCCCAACUCGUGUCUGUUCGAGGACCUGCCGCGCUGGGUCAUCUACUUUGAGCUGGUGUUCACCACCAAGGAGUUCAUGCGGCAAAUCGUGGAGAUCGAGAGCGUCUGGCUGCGCGAGGUGGCGCCGCACUACUACAAAGGGAAGGAGCUGGACGACUCCACCAACAAGAAGAUGCCCAAGGGAAGGGGCAAGUCGAAGGUGGAGCUCGAGCGGUGACGAGGGAUGGACAGGGACCAUACGGGGAAGGGAUUGGGAGGGAGGGAUGGGAUCAUCGCCAUCUGUAUACUAUCACGUGUUAUUGUCAUUGUGAUCUGUUAUUACUGAGUGUGUUGGUUGAAUACAAACGCAAAUCAUA